AUGGUGCCCAUUAUUUUUCUGAGCUCCCUUUUGCUUCAUUUUACUGUUUCGGUGGCUUCAGAACCGCAAUAUCUCCUAUGGGUCUCCCCUGUGAUUCGAAGUCACUCUACAGAAAAAGCCUGUCUUCACCUUUUAAAUCUUAAUGAAUCUGUCUCCUUGAGUGUUGUCUUAGAAUAUGAUGGGUUCAAUACCACUAUCUUUGAUCAGUCAGUGAAAGAGGAUCACUUCUAUGCUUGCACAGAUUUCAAGAUUUCUCAAAGGUCUUCUGCACAGUUGUCUUUUUUGACAUUGUUGGUGAAGGGAAAGACUCUUCAUAUCUUUGAGAGGAGAUCUGUAGCACUUGUUGCAGAAGAGACAGUAACCUUUGUGCAAACAGACAAACCCAUCUAUAAAUCUGGAGAGAAUGGUAAGUCCAUAUUUAUGUUUCCUUUCAUCACUGAAUUUAGGAAUACACUCUUCACAUUUAGAUAUCCUUUCAUCACACUUCAGGAUCCUCAAAACAAUAAGGUUUUUGAAUGGCAAGAUGUGGCUUCCUUUCAAAAUAUUACAGAACUCUCAUUCCAACUGACUUCAGAACCAAUGUUUGGAGAUUACUCAAUUGUCGUACAAAGAAAAUCAGGAAAGACAACGGCACACCAAUUUGCUGUUAAUAAAUACAUGUUGCCCAAGUUUGAAGUUCAGGUCAGUGCACCUCAAACAAUAACUAUUUCAGAUGAUGAAUUCCAAGUGACUGCAUGUGCUAAGUACACCUAUGGCCAACCUGUGCAGGGGAAAGCCCAAAUCCGAGUGUGCAGAAAAUUUUUUUCCUCUUGGAACUGUGACAAAAACAAUGAGAUAUGUGAACAAUUUACUGCUCAGUUGAGAAAUGGCUGUGCUUCUCAAAUUGUAAAUACAAAAGUUUUCCAACUCUACCGCUCUGGAUUGUUCUUGACGUUUGAUAUCUCUGUGACUGUUACAGAAAGCGGGACAGGUGUGCAGAUCAGUGAAAAAGCUUCCACCUCUCUCACUCCAUUACUCGGGCGAGUAGACUUUGAGAACAUGGACCCUUUCUACAGAAGAGGAAUUUCUUAUUUUGGAACUCUUAAAUUUUCCAGUGCUGCUAAUGUACCAAUGGCGAACAAAGUACUGCAAUUGGAGCUCAAUGACAAAUUUCUAGGAAAUUAUACCACAGACAAGAAUGGCGAAGCUCAGUUUUCUAUUGAUACUUCAGGCCUAUUUGAUCCGGAGCUAAACCUGAAAGCCACAUACGUUCAUCCUAAGACCUGCCAUCCUCUUGACUGGUUGGCUCCUGAGUACGCGGAUGCUCGGUUCUCAGUCCCACGCUUUUACUCCCGAACCAACAGCUUCCUGAAGAUUGUUCAUGAACCAAAGCAGCUAAGAUGCAAUCAACAGAAGGUUGUUACUGUGCAUUACUCUCUGAACGGUGAUGCAUACAGAGACAGUGCAAAAAUAAACUUCUUCUAUCUGGUAAGUUUCAGCAAAGAAUAAGGAAAUUGUUGGCAUUGUGUGUGCAUGACAUCUGUUCACACAGCCAGGAAUGGAAGCUUCUCUUUUCCAAUCAACAUCAGUGCCGAUCUGGCUCCUGUGGCUGACAUGCUCAUCUACACCAUUCACCCCAGUGGGGAGAUUGUGGCUGACAGCGUCAAAUUCCAGGUUGAGAAGUGCUUUAAAAACAAGGUCAGCAUAAAGUUCUCCAAAGAGCGGGGUCUACCUGGCUCCAAUGUUCGUCUCUAUCUUCAAGCAGCCCCUGAUUCAUUCUGUGCCCUCCAGGCUGUGGAUGAAAGUGUCCUUCUCCUGAAACCUGAACAAGACCUGUCACCCGAAACUGUGUAUUACUUGCUUUCAAACAUAGAACCAUAUGCUUAUUCCUAUAUUGGUCUCAACCUUGAUGAUGGCAAGGUAGACCCUUGCAUUCCUCAGACUGAUAUGUUUUACAAUGGCUUGUAUUAUAUACCCAUAAGCAACUAUGUGGAUGGAGAUAUCGAUUUUAUUGUCAAGAACAUGGGUCUGAAAGUCUUUACUAAUCUCCAUUACCGGAAACCAACAGUUUGUUCAAUGGGGGUAAAGAUGCCAUUCUUUAGGCCAUUUUAUGGAGAAGCAGGUGGAUAUGAGAUGAUGUACAGCGUCGCAUCAAGGAAUGCACGUAGAGGAAAUUUUGACUCCCAGAAACAGGCUAUAGUGGAAACAGUAAGAACAAAGUUUCCAGAGACUUGGCUAUGGAACCUCGUUAGGGUCAAUUCCUCAGGCUCAACAGACCUUUCAUUCUCCAUCCCUGAUACUCUAACACAAUGGAAGGCCAACAGCUUCUGUGUAAAUGGUGAUUAUGGAUUUGGCAUCUCAUCAACAGCCACCCUAGAAGUCUUUCAACCUUUCUUUGUUGAAAUGACCUUCCCCUUCUCUGUUGUUCGAAAUGAACGAUCUGAUUUGAUUGUCAAUGUCUUCAGCUACCUGAAUACCUGUGUAGAGAUUUCUGUUCAACUGGAAAGAUCUCAGAAUUUUGAGGCAAAUAUCAGCACCUCUAAAAACAAUGGGAAUGAAAUUAUCCAAGCUGGAGAGAAGAAAACCUAUAUCUGGACUCUUCUACCUAAGAACUUAGGUAAAGUCAAUAUCACGGUAGUUGCAGAGUCCAAACAAAGCAGUGCUUGCCCACACAAAGCAAAUGAGCAGGAAAAUCUAAACUGGAAAGAUACUGUGGUUAAGAGUUUGUUGGUAAAGUGUGAAGGUAUUGAAAAAGAAGUGACUCAAAGUUUCCUUAUCUGUGCAAAAGGUACCAAAGUCUCCAAGCAAAUCAUUUUAGACUUGCCAAAAAAUGUAAUAGAAGGAUCAGCCAGGGCCUUUUUCAGUGUUGUGGGAGAUAUUCUAGGACUUGCAACGCAAAAUCUAAAGAAUCUUCUCCAGAUGCCCAGUGGAUACACUAUAUUGGCAGGAGAGGAAAAUAUUGCUCGACUCGCAUCUGAUGCCUAUCUCCUUGACUAUCUGAAAUCUACUCAACAAUUGACAGAGGAAGUUAAAUCUAAGAUUUUCUUUUCCUUUUCUAGUGGUUAUCAAAAGCAAUUGUCUUUCAAAAAUUCUGAUGGAUCAUAUAGAGUGUUUUGGCUGAGCAAUGAUGAAGGAAGCACAUGGCUCAGUGCUUUUACUUUUAAGACAUUAGAGAAAAUAAAGAAACAUGUUUUCAUCGAUGAACAAAUUCAAAAGCAGACCUUAAUCUGGCUGUCAAGCAAACAGAAAAGCAAUGGUUGCUUUAAAAGUGAUGGCAAACUUUUCAGCACUGCCUGGGAGGGCGGAAAUGAAGAGGAUGUCUCACUCACUGCCUAUGUAGUUGGAGCAUUUCUUGAAGCUGGGCUCAAUUUCACUUUUCCAGCUCUACGAAAUGGAUUCUUUUGCCUGGAGGAGGCUUUGAAAAAUGAUGUCACUAAUGGCUACACUCAAGCAAUUCUAGCUUAUGCUUUUGCAUUAGCUGGAAAAGAAAAACAAGUGGAAUCUUUACUUCAAAUCCUGGAUCAAUCUGCUACAAAAACAAAUAAUUUGAUAUAUUGGGAAAAGACAAAGAAACCUAAGACCAAAAUACCUCCAGCUUUUAUUCCCUGGAUACCGUCUGCUGAGACAGAGAAGACUUGCUACGUGCUAUUGGCUGUCAUUUCCAGGAAAACUCCCGACCUCACCUAUGCUAGUAAGAUUGUGCAGUGGCUUACCCAACAGCUGAAUUCCCACGGAACCUUUUCAUCCAACCAGGGCAACGCCGUCUGUCUUCUUGCCAUAACCCGCUACGUGAAGUUAACCUUCUCCAAUGGUCAAAACAAGGUUACCAUCAGCAGUGAAAAAUCCAAACAGAUUUUCCAGAUUAACAGUGACAACCGCUUACUGGUCCAACACUCAGAGCUAACCAAAACACAUGGACAAUACACAGUAGAGGUGGAAGGACAAGGUUGUAUAUUUACUCAGGUUACCCUGAGGUAUAAUGUGCCCCUCACAAAGGCGGCUUCUGGAUUUUCCCUAGCCAUGGAAAUGGUAAAGAAAAACUCCUCAGAUAAAUUGCAGAGUAAUUUUGACCUGACAAUAACCUUCAAAUAUACUGGAAUUCACAAUAAGUCCAAUAUGGUCCUUGUUGAUGUAAAAAUGCUAUCAGGCUUUACUCCAACCAUGUCAUCCAUUGAGGAGCUUGAAAGCAAUGGCGAAGUGACAAAGACUGAAGUCAAGAAUGACCAUGUUCUUUUCUACCUGGAAAAUGUAUUUGGUACAGCACAGCGUUUUACUUUCUCCGUUGAGCAAAGUAACCUUGUAUUCAACAUUCAACCAGCAUCAGUUUUGAUCUACAAUUAUUAUGAUAAAGAUGAGUAUGCCAUUGUUUCUUACAACAUCAAGAGUGUUGCAGUUUCCCAGUGAUACAAAAAAGAAAACACAAGAAACGGUGCAAAGCUGUUUACUUUGAACAAAAUCAUUCUUUUGUAUCAAACCUGGAAGAAAGCCAUGUCAUGAACCAUCUCACAUCUGGAAUAGUCUAGAAUCUGCUACAACUUUGUAUCAGAUGUUAUUUCUUUAUUAUUCCAUUAA